GAUAUGUUACGUGAAAAAUGGCGUCAUCACCUGGAUUAUGUCGUCACGCUUCUUGGAUUUGGAAUCGGCUCCGGGUCAUUCGUGAAAUUCCCCUACCUGUGCAUAAGAAAUGGAGGAGGGUCAUUCUUGAUACCGUUUGUCCUGUUUACCUUUAUGGGUACUGUGCCUGUUGUGUUUCUGGAGAUGGUGAUUGGACAAUUUUCUGAAAGGGGGCCAGUUGAAGUUUGGAAUUUGUGCCCAGCAUUUAAAGGCGUAGGCGUGGGCACAGUCAUAGGGACGUGGAUUCACACAACAUACUUCACUGUCAUCUUUAGUUGGUUCGUGUACUACUUCUACGUGUCGUUCUCCAACCCCCUACCUUGGGCCCACUGUGGCAAUGAGUGGAACACUCCCUCCUGUAUCUCACAGCAUGCUGAUGUCAACACAACGACAGGGCUCAACAUGACGGAAGACGUUACCAUCUACACCGUGGCCAACCACACUGCAGACUUCAAUGGUACAGUUGCUGGAAUGACAGCGGCGGAGGAGUUCUGGAGAUUUCAGGUUCUGCAAAUAACAGAUGGCUUAGAAACCAUUGGGACUAUAAGACUGCCUCUACUUGUGUGCUUGGCUUUCACCUGCUCAUUGAUAUUCCUUUGUGUAUUUCGAGGAAUUAAAGUAACUGGGAAGCUUGUGUACGUGACGGUUGCAAUACCUUGCAUUCUUGUGACCAUCUUCCUCAUCCGGGGAUGUCUGCUGCCGGGAUCAGCAGAUGGAAUAUAUUUCUAUAUCGUUCCAAACUUUGAAAUCCUGUCAAGACCUCAGGUGUGGAUUGAAGGAUGUAAUUUCGCUCUUUAUUCUCUUGGUCUCGGCAUGGGGUCCAUCGUGACUUUGUCCAGUCACAGUAAAUUUCGAAACAACUGUUUCAGAGAUUCCAUAAUUGUCUGCAUUGGAGACAUGCUAGUUACACUUCUCAUUGGAUUUGCCUUCUUUGCCAUCAUCGGCCAUGUUGCCUACCAGAGAGGGGUAACUGUGGAAGCAUUUGAAUCUUCAGGAUUCAAUCUUGCCUUUAUCGUCUUUCCGCAAGUUUUGAAUUACCUCCCCUUGCCGCAGUUGUGGUCUGCCUUGACGUUUCUGACGCUGAUCACCCUUGAACUUGAUACUCUGGUUCCGCCGAUUGAGAACGUAGUGGCAGCUUUAAGAGACCGGUUUCCACAGCUAUCACGACGGCGCUGGCUUGUCAUCGCUGUAUUACUUUCAACCAACUUCGCCUUUGGUCUCAACUACAUAACACAGGGCGGGAUGUACGUGUUGACUCUCGUGGACUGGUUCGCCUACUUCCCGUCGAAUGUCCUCUUCUCUACACUUGAAUGCAUCGUGGUUGGAUGGUGCUAUGGUACGGACAGACUACAACGCGACAUCAAGUCGAUGUGGGGGAAGUCUAUCCCGCGGAUUAUGAUGAUAGCCAUCAAAUGUGUGUGUCCGAUGUUGUUGGUGUGUGUUUUCUGCUACUCCCUGUAUUCCUACCGCCCUCCCAAGUAUGGAGACUAUGACUACCCUCCAUGGGCCACAGGAAUCGGAUGGAUGGUGUCUCUGGCUUCUAUUCUGCCCUUUCCGGCUGUCUUUGUGUGGAGAGUAUGGCGGUCACAUGGAAAUACCGUUAAAGAGAAAUUCCUGACAUCGUUGGAACCAAACAAGAACUGGCGUGAAGCAUCUGGUCGUGACACACAGGAGGACUUUGCUCAUCCCAUGACUAAUUUGGAGGAACAAUUGUAAGAGAAUUCAGUGUUAGAUUAGUUGGGUCAGAGCACUUGUUAUUUAUUGAAACGUAUUUUAUUCACAAGGAAAAGGAUUGGGUACAAGUUUUCACAACACAGGUCGCCCUCUCCUAAGAUAUUUACAUGAUUUCCGGGUCACGUAAUCCCAGAUAAAAAAUGUUGUACAGCUUACGCCAUGUGCGUUGUGUCAAAGCACUUCAGUUAGUGCAUGGCAUUUAAAUAUGAAUAUUAGUUCUUUUGAAAAUGAUAUU